CACCACAACGCGUCACCCUGCUUUAAUCAACUAUAUUAUCACCACCACGCUCUCCAUAUGGACACUAAGGAAUUUGCAAUACAAGAUGCUAUUGCAGAUCUUAAUUCUGGUGUUUUUAAGAGCGAGCGAGUAGCCGCUUGUUGGCACGGCGUUGCGCGAUCAACGUUGCAAGGCCGACGGGCAGGUCAACAACCACACACGAUAGCUCACUCAAAUCAACAGCGAUUAACUCCAGAACAAGAGGCCUUUCUAAUUGAUUGGAUACUUGAAGAGGACUCUCGCGUACGAGAGAUGUCAGCCCGCAUCCUACACAUGAACGGCGACUACGAGCCUCUUGGGCAACUAUGGAUACCCUAUUUCAUCGCCCGUAACCCACGCGUCACAUCUGUUGUUGACCAGACAAUUGAGAGCGCAAGGACUACAGCAGCUAACUACAAUACUACUAAGGCCUUCCUUGGGCUGUUUGAGCAAACAAGAAUUGAGCUAGGAAUAUAGUAUAAAGAUAUGUGGAAUAUGGACGAGACUGGAGUUGCACUAGGGGUAUGUACUAAUGCCCAGGUGUCCACAAGCUCUAUAAAGAAGAAGGCUUAUAUUAAGUCUCCAGAGGAUCGCGAGUGGGUAUCAACUUUGGAGACAAUCUUAGCCACCAGCAUCAAGCUUCAAUGCCUAGUUAUCUUCAAAGGUAAGCAUCUACAAUCUACUUGGUUCCCAACCCAAGGCACACUAAAUUGGCUCUAUACCACGUCAGAGAAUGGCUGGACGUCCAACUCAAUCGGCUGUGAAUGGCUACAGCGUAUUUUUAUACCAAAUACUUCACCAUCCUCUGGUGGCUAUUGACUGCUCCUUCUUGAUGGCCAUGGCUCUCAUACACCUAUCGAAUUUAUGUGGUUCUGCAA